UACUUUUUUUUCAGAAGUUUAUAUGGAGCCUCUAGUUGAUGAAGUACAUAAAGAAGAAAUUAGGCAUGACAUCCCUCAUGAUAAAAAUGACCAUCAUUUUAAAGAGGAAAAAAACUAUGUGUUCACAACCCAAACUCCAAGUGGCUCCCAGUCUGAAAUAUCGGUGAAAGCAACAACUAAUGUGGAUUUUUCUCUAAAAAACUAUAAAAUCAAUGAGACAUCUGGAGAACUCAUUGAAGAACCCCCGUUUAAAAAAAUUCCAAAAACAACCGAGGCUCCAAAUGAGUCUGCAUUUUGGACAAUGUUAGGUAAAGUUCUGAAUGAAACACUGCCGGAGGAAGAAGCAAGAGAUCAAUUAUUUCAGGCAAUUCCAGACUCUGAUUUGAAUGGUACUAUGAGUGAAGACACAGGUGUAAAAGCACAGGAUAACAAGUUAAAAUUAAUGCUGGGCAUCUCACUGUUGACCCUCCUCCUUUUCACCAUCCUCCUGGCGUCCUCUAGUGCCUUGCUGUUCAAGCUGAAGACCACUUAUAACAAGCAGCUUGAGCGUCAGUACACCAUCCAACCGGAGCUGGCCACGCUGUCCUACUUCCAGCCGGUGCACGGCGUCUCGGACUCCUCCUUCUCUAGGAGCGCCGAGAGCAGCAACGUCUGGGCCCAGGAACCCACGUACUAA